CAAUAAAUCACUGGCUGUGCACUAAUAUGAGAUAAUUUAAUUCAUGCCCACAAAAACUCCAUAAUAAAAUUAGUUUCAAUUUCAAUCAGUUUUUACACUGAUGGAGAAAAAAAUACCGAACAAACGAAAAAGAACUAAAUUUUUUGCAAGAACUUUUAAAACUGCAUCAAAAAGCAUUGCGAGCGCUCUCAACACCUAGAAAAAAAAUAUUUAACAACAGAAACAACUCAGUGGAGCAAAAUGUGUGUGUAAAGAGCGUUGAAUGUUAUAAAUUGCGAUAUGGCUUAGAGCGAUGAAAGGUGCAACAUAAACUGAAAGCUCAUCAACUCAUGUCAAUCAAUCCACGCAAUCUCCACGGCGUAGUAAAUAUUUGCAUACAGCUAUUCCACGUAAAAGCAAACACUCAACCACCCACACAAGGCAGCAACUGAACGCACUGAAAAACGAGUGGAAUUAAAGCGCGCGCCUAAAUGUAUGCAGCGCACCGUGCAACGCAACUUGCUAAAACUAUAACAAUGGCAUGCAGCGUGCAGAAGCAACCCACACAGCCACAACACACAGCAGCAACGGUAACAACAACAACGCCACCCACAAUGGCAGUGACAGCGUUGGCGUCAACUAAUAACAGCAGCAACAUUGGCAGCCAAAUUGGUGGUGGCGGUGGCAGUAGUAGCAGCAUGAGUGGUGGUGUUGGAAUUUUGGCCGCAGCCAUCAGCGAUGCAACCAACAAACCGCUAACACCGAAACCACGCGGCUCAUUACCGAAUGACGCAAAUCAACCGCCACGGCUUGAAUUUCACUGGCCCCCCGUGCCGGUGAGUACGCACACCAGCAAUCUGCGCCUGAAUAUGAUGAAUCAGAAUCCAAAGGACCUGCACACGGCGCGACUCAUGAUCGAGGAGUUGCGUACAAAGGUGCGCUGUCAGGCGGAGCACAUCAUGAAAUGGAAGAAGGCAUAUGCGCUGCAGAUACAACAACACUAUCGCUACCAGAAGGAGAAGACAGAUCAGAUGAAUACGCUGACCUCGCAACUUCUACUACUCGAGUCGCGGCUGAAGCGUAAGCAAAAACAAAUUGCGAGCUUGCUCAGCCAUCGCGAACUCACUAUACAGCGACAGCAAAAAAUUAUCGAUACACUUUCGAAUCGUCUCUCAGAUCAUGGACUAGAUGCCAUAGAGGCGAACUACACCACGGAGCUGGAUUCGUUAAAUGACUCCGACUCGGCAGUGGUGUUGGAAGACAUCGACUCGGAUAGCAGCAAUAUGCCAUUUGGUACACGCCGUCGCAGCAGUGGCGGUGGUGGUUCGGGCAGUGGCUACGGCUCUGGCGCCGGCCAGAGUGGCGGUGAUGGCAUCACUAUUGUGCGCUCCAUCUCCGAUGCCAUCGAAACGAAUUUAAAUAAGUACAGCGGCGUGCGGCGUAACAACUGUUUCCUGCGACGCCCGGAAAUAUUGGAGACUGUUUACUCGGUGGAGGAGGAUCCGGAACCGACAUCUGAUGUGGCGGAGAAGCGUGACAAAUUUCGCAAUCGCUCGGAAAAAGCGCUAAGUUCGAGCUCAACGGAAGGACAAAUUGAUGGCAACUCUACGCAUCCACCAGCGCCUCACCCACCCGCUCAUCCUACGUUGCAUCAAACUAACAGCGCACAGCUGGAGCAUACGACAGAAAGUAUUCGCAUCACACCACCCUCGCCGCAACGUCAACACAGCAUAUCCCAACCACUGGAAUCGCCGACGAACGACGGCUAUACAGCCUACAGUGUCAAGGUACCGCAGUUGUGCACCACAGCCGCCACACCCACUACAGAGAAGGUGAAUGCGUUGGCUACCGCUGACAUCGAUGGCAGUUCGACUGGCGUUAAGUCGCAGGUAACGAACUACAAUCGCGUCAUGUCCAACCAUCGCUCGGUGACCAAACCAAAGGAUGUUAAAUACAAACGCAUCAACAAGGCAAAAUCGAAAAGUCUCGAAGAGCUGCGUGGUCGUCUCAAAAAUUUGGUGGAGCGUGGUGGCAGCUCGGGUGCAAGUCUGGACGUGCCGGCUGGUGGCAGUGUCGCCGCCGCGUCAUACACACACAGUGUAAUGCCACAGACUGCACAGUCAUACGCGUGA